UCGCGUCUGGACUCUGCCAGUGCUACCAAAUCUUCCGGGGUCUGGAGGAGUCUCUUGCGACGAAGUUCCAGAACUUCAAAUGUCGCUGUCCCGCGUUCUUUUACUAUGUGCUUGGAACAGUUUGCUAACAAGUCUUAGGACCAAAUUUCAAAGGAAGAAGAAGGAUCAUGUGUAAGUUACUGCUUUCUCGAUCUCAUAGAUCACUUAAUAUCGCCAAGAAAUACUUUUCCGAUGCACGACCUCACUUCGAAGAUUCGGAGAUUAAGAUGGAUUAGCGGAACUUCAUCUGCAAAUGUGUACGAGGCUGUAUAUUCUACCGCCACAACCUCUAAACAGGUCGCUGUGAAGUCGUUGAGAAUAGAGAAUUUUGGAAACAUGGGGUCCAAAGGCCAGGAGUUAUUAAUCCGAGCUACUACCUGGAUGGCUUUGCAACACGAUAAUAUUCUUACUCCAAUAGGAUUUGCUGAUGGAUUUGGACCACUUCCAUCGAUUGUGUACGAUUGGAUGCCGGGCGGGACAUUGUCCUCGUACCUCGAAGAAAACUCUGACAGUCUAAGUAUUCUGCAAAGGUUUUACCUGAUCAAGCAAAUAGCGGCUGGACUCUGUUACCUGCACUACAAGAAUGUCAUUCAUGGCAAUCUACAUGGAAACAACGUCUUGAUUGAUGCCAUGGGUGUUGCAUAUCUUGCAGAUUACGAUGUCAGUGCGGUACACCGAGGGCAACAUAUUCCCCCAUCUGUGAGAUGGGCAGCGCCAGAACGCUUCGACAGCCAAAACAUGGUCACGCCCACGACCAAGAGUGAUAUUUACUCUCUUGGAAGUGUCAUAUAUCAGAUCCUCACUGGCCGCGAGCCCUAUUAUGAGGUCAGAAGCAAAUCCAAGGUUUCCAUCGAAAUAUUGAACGGAAAUAAACCCUCGCGACCGCAUGAUAUUCACAUCGCGGAUCAUCACUGGUUAUUCAUGCAAAGAUGCUGGUCCGUCCCAGAAAACCGCCCAUCUGCCGCUGAAGUGCUACACUUUUCUCAGAUAGAAGUAGAGCUCCUCAUCACAUAGGCCUAUGUCAGGAACUCGCGUCUACCUGCUCAUCCCUUUACUUGUACUCUUGCACUCAUCUCUAAAUUCUUAUUACUACGGACUUCAUGGGGUCAUGGCCACCGGCGUUGUUUCUCUGACAGCACGGGGCCCCAUUAUUCUGGAUAUCGUACAUGUCACAUUUUAUCAGUUUUUCGUAGAUAUGUAUGAUUCGAGAAUCUUUCGGCACCCAUAACUAUCCGUAUCAAUUUUAUGCCUCCCUCUGUUCUUCGUUAAUCGCGCAAAAAGCGAGCGCUCUGCUCGCUCUAUAUCUACACCAGGGUGAACAAUGUUUCGAAAACAUACAAUCAGUACGAAAUCCCAGUGAAAAUCGACAAGAAACAGGCAGGUACGUGUCGAUAU